CACUCUUCAAUGAAAACUUUAAAGAAUUACUUUCUUCUGGUCAUUUUGCUUAGUCUUGCUAAUGCAUCGCUUAAAAACGGCUACGAUAAUCUGAAAUGGGGUAAGCGACUUAUUGGUAAACUACUCACCACUAUAGCACAGGCCAGUGUUUUGGAUUGUGUAGAAGAAUGCUUAACUCGACCAGGGUGUUGGUCAUUCAACUACAGACGGGCAGCUAUAUUUUGUGAACUGAACUAUGAAAGUCACAAAACUUUGCAUACAAAUCUUACAGAACAAGAGGGAUGGAUAUUUAGCCGAAAGGAAACAUGGCCUUUGAAACUAAUUGGAUCUUGCGAACAUUCAAACUGUGAAGUAAAUGAAAAAUGUAAAAGAGAAUCGUUCACUUCCCAUAAGUGUGCAUUGGCUCACUGCCAUCUUCUAAAUUUAAGUCUUGCAAACAACAUCAAACCAUUUCAAUCUGAAAAGUCGGUGGAUUUUGGUAGCAGCCAUAUGUUGAAUUGUGUUGAGGGUUAUACGAAAAUAGGAGACGGCGUCGUAAAAUGUUUGAGGAAUGGGUUAUGGAGUGACGUCAACAUUAAUUGUUACAUCACUGACUGUGGUCUAAUCCCAAUCUCGGAAGGCAAAGAGGUGACUGACAUGAUGAAGAUAGACGACUCGAGAUUUCAAAUAACAUGUAUCAACACAGAAGGAUCAGUUUGGACGAUGAUACAAAGGAGAGUUGACGGUUCUGUGAAUUUCUACAGAAAAUGGACUGAUUAUAAAAACGGGUUUGGUGACCUUAAGUCAGAGUUCUGGAUCGGACUCGACAUCAUUCAUCUGCUGGUCAUGAAUGGCUUCACAGUUCUACGUGUAGAAUUAGAAGAUGGAGAAGAGUCUGUCUAUGCAGAGUAUAAUGGUUUCUAUGUAGCUGGAGAGGAUGACAAUUAUCGGAUCCAUGUUUCUGGAUACAGUGGAACAGCAGGUGAUGGUAUUUCAUGCGAAAUUGAUUUUUGUAACAAUGAUGCACAAUUUUCAACAUAUGAUAAGGAUAAUGACAACUCAGUUUCACUUAAUAAUGCUGAGACAUGGAGAGGAGCGUGGUGGUAUAAUCAUGGAGAGUAUGGUAACAACAAUCAUGGCGAAGGCAUAAACUGGUAUCCAUUCAAGGGCCAUAGACACUCUUUAACAGGCGCCAGCAUGAUGAUUCGUCGACCUUAAUUUAUGCCUGUCAAUAUAAAUACCGAAAUACGAAGUACAGACUGUGCAUGGCGGCACAUAGUUAUUAAACUAAACGCGGGAACGAACUCGACCUGCACACUACCCCAAUAGUUUUAAAACGACAUAUGUGUCUUUUAUACAUUUCCUCUUUUUAAAUUAUUUGUCAAUGUAUCAGACAGUAAGAACAAUAGUUAAAACAAUACCUGAUGUGAAAAUUCUGUACGUCUAAUUAGUUUCAGGGGA